AUGGCGUCUGCGGGUAAGCAGUUGAUGGAGGACGGCCUCAUCAGGAUUGCCGACGCCCUCCGCGGCCGAAGCCCACCAAAGUGGCCGGAGCAGGCUAUUGACAUCUUCUUCCGCGAUUUUUCCGACGAGGAUAUGGACCUUCAGCUGAAGAUUGCCGAGAAGGCCCUCGCGGACGACAACAAGGCCAUGAUCUUUUGCAAAAUGUCGCCGGCGUUGCGCAAGCACUGGGUCAAGCGGCUGAGAGAGUUGCACAACAACAGCCGCAACACGUAG